AUGGCCUCGGUAACCAUGUCUCAAGCUCCUUCAAGUUACUCAUCAAAUAGCUCAUCAAAUCAAUCAGGUUACAGUGAAAAUGAUAUAACAUCAAAAUUUGGUCGGAUCAAGUUUUCUGAUGGUCCAACGUUGAUUGUUUGUGACAUCGACAAUAAUGAUGCUUGUAAUUCAUCAAUGAAAAGGUCAAACGAAGAUGAUUCACCAAUGAUGAUCUCACCAUCAACAACAAUAAGUAAAUCGGUAGAAACACCAAUUGCAAAUGGAACGACUGUUAAAUUAUCAUCAUCAUCAUCAUCUACUCAUUCAAUGAAGGAAACCAUUGAAAGAUCACCAUCAACCUCUUCAUUGAGCGUUCCCACUGUUGACGUUGAUGAGAAAAGGCCACCUCUUCCUGAUGAGAACAUGAUGAUUGACGAAUCACUUUAA